ACGGUUUUCCUCAGUUCAAAUGUGAAAAGUAAUCCGCGAACAACAGUCCGCAUUUAAUUGAUUUUUCUGUGUUUUUCUUUGGACAUUGGCAAUUUUCCUUUAGUACUCGCCAAGUUUUUCCGCUUUUCAGAGCUACUUUGGCCAGAAAUCGGGAGAAAUUGAAGUGGGAUGGCUACUGGCGAGGUGCAGAGGAUGGCCAAUGGUAUGGAUGUGGACAAUGAUGAGGCGCAGAUGUCAGACGAUGAAGAAGGAGGAACGAGGAUAGGGGAUAUCUACAUUCCACCACCGGUGCCACCGUAUUGUUCAGCCGAGAGUAAAGGUCCUCGCUUGAUAAUUACUCACAUUGUCAAUGAGAACUUCAAGAGUUACGCGGGGAAAGUCACCCUUGGACCAUUCCACCAGAAUUUUACAGCUAUCGUGGGGCCAAAUGGAAGUGGCAAGAGCAAUGUUAUUGACUCAAUGCUCUUCGUUUUUGGCUAUAGAGCUCAGAAGAUUAGGUCAAAGAAACUCUCAGUAUUGCUGCACAAUUCUGCAGCUCAUCCCAAUGUCACUAGCUGCUGUGUAGCUGUGCAUUUCAAGCAGAUUGAAGAUAAACCCGAUGGGACUUUUGAGGAGCUUCCGGAAAGUGGUUUUGUGGUUUCCCGGAGUGCUUUCAAGGACAAUUCUUCAUUUUACACGGUCAAUGAUCGUCGGGUGCAGUUCAAGGAAGUGGCUAGGCUGCUGAAACAGCAUGGAAUUGAUCUGGAUCACAAUCGUUUCCUCAUUCUUCAGGGCGAAGUGGAAUCAAUUGCCAUGAUGAAGCCCAAGGGAGCCACUGUGGAUGCCAGUAAGAAUGAAUGUGGCCUCCUGGAGUACCUGGAGGACAUCGUAGGGACAACGCGGUACAAGGAGCCCCUGGUGAAGAUCAACGACAAGGUCAUGAUGUUCAAUGAUGAACGCCUGGAGAAGCACAAUCGCUGCAAACUGGCCGAGAGGGAGAUUAAGGAUCUCGAGAAACCCUAUGAGGAUGCCUUGGAGUACCUCAAAUGCGAAAAUCAACUGACCCGGACCAAGAAUCGGCUUCUGCAGAAGAAAAUGUUCGAGAAACUGGCAGCCCUCAAGGAGUUCGAUGAGCAGAAAAAUGCCGUUCUAACUGAACUCAAGGCGCACAAUGAGAAAUAUGACAAACUGAAGGAGGAACGCCACGAAUUGGAGGGAAUUGUGAAGAAGGACAAUCAAGAAUUUACCAAUCUCACCAAGAAGCUCGAAAAUCUCGAGAGUGAACAUGAAAAAGUCACCUGCAAACACGCAGAAGUCCAAUCCUUAAUGCAGUCAACAAAUACGCGCCGGAAGAAGACGAUGACGCAAGUGGAGAAGGAGAAGCGCAAUCUCGAGGAGCAGUUGAAGAUGCCGGCAAAAGCUGAGGCAGAAAUAGCAGAAUGUCGCAAACAAAUUGAAUCAAUGUCCCAGGACAAAGCCAAGGAGGAAGAUCGACUAGCGACAAAUCUGGCCAGCUUGGAAAAUGAGACCAAAGCUCUCAAUGAGAAGCGAGAGCCACUGGAAAAUAAAUUAAUUGGCCUUCAGGAGGCUGUCAAUGAGGAUCGUGCUGCCCUGAGGACUGUGGAAUCCGAGCUGAAAGCUGUGCAGUACAAUGAAGUGAUGGAGUCCAGGAAGUACAUUUCGCUGAAGACAGCCUUCGAGGAGGCCGAGAAGACGCUGCAGGAGAAGGAGAAAGCUCUCAAGGAAGUCACACAGGUUCUGCCAAAGGCCAGGGAGGACCUAGCGACGGCUCAGGAGGAACUAAAAGUGAACAAGAAGAAGGAAGGAGAACUUCGAGUGGAACUUCAGCGCUUUCGGGCAAAUUUGGAGGAGGUUACGACCAAUAUGCAAGCAGCCCAGUCGAGGGACAAAGUCGUGAAUUCACUGAUGCGGCAGAAGCAAUCGGGUAAUAUUCCGGGGAUUCUGGGUCGUCUUGGGGAUCUGGGUGGAAUCGAUGGUAAGUACGACGUGGCCAUUUCCACUUGUUGCGGUCGUCUAGAUAACAUCGUCGUGGAUACGGUGGAUACAGCUCAGGCGUGCAUUGAGUAUCUCAAGAAGCACGACGUUGGCCGAGCUACAUUCAUUGCUUUGGAGAAGGUGAAUCAUCUGCAGGAGUAUUGCAAUCAACGGUUGAGUUACCCAGAAGGAGUUCCGCGUCUUUUCGAUCUGAUCAAAGUUGAGGAUCCGCGAGUUUCUGUGGCUUUCUACUUCGCUCUGAGGGAGACUCUCGUUGCAUCCGAUCUAGAUCAAGCGUCACGUAUUGCGUACGGUGCAACUAGGUAUAGGAUGGUUUCGUUGCGAGGAGAUGUGAUUGAGACGUCAGGAACGAUGUCUGGAGGAGGAAAGACAGUGAUGCGUGGUAGGAUGGGACAACAUGUGGCCACAAAGACAGGCGGAGGAACUCCAAAGUCCAGGAAGGAGAUUGAAGGGAUGCAGGUGAAGGCUGAGAGCUUGCAGUCGGAGAUUAACUAUCUGCAGGAGCAACAGGGCAAUCUGAUGCGUCAGAUUAGUGAGUUGACGAGUUUGAUACGAUCAAAGGAGACGCUAGAAAAGAAGAACCUCGUGGAUAUUAAGAGUUUUCGUCAGCAGUUGCCGCAUAUGAAGGAACAAGUGGAGCGGCAGGAAGUGAAGAAGAAUGAGACACAGUCGGAUCCGGAGAAGGUGAAGGAAUUGGAAGGAGAGAUUGAGAGGAGGAAGAGUACAUUGGCGAAUUCGGAGAAGGCUGCCAAAGAGAUUUCUGAUCAAAUUCUUGGAAUCAAUCGGCAAAUUGGUCGGAUUACGGAUUCAAAGGUGAAGACGGUGAAGGAGAAGAUUUCGGAGUUGACGAAGAAGAUAGAGAAGAUGACAACACAUGUGAACAAAAUGACGGCGAAUUUGAAUAGUGCCGAUCAUACGAGGAAGAAACUCGAGACGAAAAUUAAGAAUCUGGAGGAGGAGAUUGAAGAGGCGGCUAACUGUAUCAGGGAGAAGAGUGACGAACGGAAGCAAUUGGAGGAGAAAGCUGAAGAAUUGAAGAAGAUGAUUGAAGAACAUCAGGCACAAAUUGCAGAAGCAAAGAAUAAGAAUUCCGGAACGACUAAGAGGAUAGCCGAGAUUCAGAAGCUAGUGAGUCAAGGUAAGUUGGCCAAAGUGGAGAUUGAUGAUAAACUCCAGGCCAUAGAGAAGCGAAUAAAGGAGAUCAAUGAACGGAUCCCAGCUUGGCGUAACGAAAUCAAGAAGUUAACGCUUCAGGAGAUUCCCAAUCAGACCGAUCUGGAACCACUGAAAACGUACACGGAGGAAGAUUUGGAGUCACACACUCUGCAAGAUCUGCAGUAUGAAUUGGAUGUACUUGAGACGAAGCUGAAGAACGCCAAGCCCAAUCUUUCCGUUAUUGAGGAGUACAACAAGAAACGCGAAGUCUACCUGCAACGCGUACAAGUUUUGGAAGAAGUUACGAAGCGUCGGAAUGACUUUAGAACGCUGUACGACGAAGUGAGGAAGAAGCGCUUCACAGAAUUCAUGCAGGGCUUCAGUAUCAUCUCGAAGAAGCUCAAAGAGAUGUACCAGAUGAUAACGCUAGGUGGAGAUGCUGAACUUGAUCUCGUUGACUCAAUGGAUCCCUUCAGCGAGGGCAUCAUGUUCAAUGUGCGACCACCGAAGAAGUCCUGGAAGGUUAUUUCCAAUCUUUCGGGCGGAGAAAAGACUCUCUCUUCCCUGGCACUUGUCUUUGCCCUUCACUACUACAAACCAUCACCGUUGUACGUCAUGGAUGAGAUUGAUGCAGCUCUCGACUUCAAGAACGUCUCAAUUGUGGCGCACUACAUCAAAGAACGCACCAAAAAUGCUCAGUUUGUCAUCAUAUCCCUCCGAUCUAACAUGUUUGAGCUCUCCAAUACGAUGGUGGGCAUUUACAAAGUUAAUGACUGCACAGAUUCUGUCGCAGUUGAGAAUGACUGCAGCACGGACUAUCCGCAGGAAUCCGAGGACAAUACUCAAGAGACUAUUAGAGUAACUCAGUCUCAGGAUGUUAGAAUGACUCAGACUCAGGACAUUAUGAGGACGUCGGAAAUAGAUUUCAGGAUGAGUGACCAAGGGGAAGUACCAGGAGAAAUACCAGCAGAUAGAUAAAUGCAAUAGAAUCAGCAACAUUCUUAAUUUUUUUUCAGGAAGCUUUCUCUGUACUCAAAACAACAAAUUUUCACAUUUUUCAAUAAACGAGUUUAAUUUUUUUUUAAA